CGAACGCCGAACGAUUCGGUUGUGCCUAGGGGUGGCUUCCACGUUGGGUCACGUGCUGCAGUUUCCUUCAGUCAGUCACUAUUUCACAGUCAGUCAGCGUUAGUCAGUCAGAGCUAGAGAGUUCCACGUGAGGUGGUGUACCACGUCUUCCCAGGUCGCUUCUCAUACCGUCCGAUCGAUGUUGGUGGGUGGCUCGGUGGUCGUUUAGCAGUAGCUGGUAUAGUACCUGCGGGCAGGUGUCAGAGCGCCACGCUACCUCUCGUGUAUUCGCGUGUGUGCGUGCGUGUGUGUGAGAUUUAGUGCCACUUUUGGGGGUUUCCAUUUUCACCGAGGUUUCAUCGUGACAGAGCGAGAGGCGAGAGCGAAAGUGAGAGCAAGAGAGCGACGUACGUACGUGGUCGACGGGCGUGUGAGUUGCUGGAUGUUGUUUGGUGUUACGGCCUAGCGGGAGCGGUUUCGCGCCGAUAGUGCACUUCAGAGUUUCAUCCGAGGCCUGAUUGUGGUGUGGUUUCCAUCGUGUUGGACGAAGAAGACAGAACGAACGGAACGAUUUUUCCAGCUUCCUAGAGAGACCGUGAGCGAAGAAUAUUCUGCGACGGACGGAGCUGACCAGCUUGUAUCAGUGACUACGAGCAGUGUGCGAGUUAACCUACGACGAUAGCGUCAGGACCGGCAACGAGAUGGAUCAAGCGGCCAAUAACAAGGUGCACCUGGAGAAGGCGCAAAACUUUAUGCGUCAGUACCGGGAUCCGGAGUCGCGCGAGCUCAAGAAGCUUUCCGCCAACCAGUUUAUGGACGUGUGGAGUCACUACGAUCGUGAUGGGAACGGCUACAUCGAAGGGACGGAGCUCGAUGGCUUCCUGAAGGAGUUCGUCUCGAGUGCAAACGCCACCGACAUCAGCCCCGAGUCCCUUACCGAUGAGAUGCUGGUUGAGCUGAAGUCCUGCUUCAUGGAGGCGUACGACGAUAAUCAGGAUGGUAAAAUCGAUAUUAGAGAGCUCGCCCAACUGUUGCCGAUGGAGGAGAACUUCUUGCUGCUGUUUCGUUUCGACAACCCACUCGAGUCGAGUGUGGAGUUCAUGAAGAUCUGGCGAGAGUAUGACUCCGACAAUAGUGGCUACAUCGAGGCGGAUGAGCUGAAGAACUUUCUACGCGACCUGCUGAAGGAAGCGAAGAAGAUAAACGACGUGUCGGAGGACAAACUGAUCGAGUACACGGAUACGAUGCUGCGAGUGUUCGAUGCAAACAAAGAUGGACGACUGCAACUGUCGGAAAUGGCAAAGCUGCUUCCAGUGAAGGAAAACUUCCUCUGCCGGCAGGUGUUCAAGGAAGGGAAAAUAGACGAAGAAGGUGCAGCUAAGCUAACGAAGGAGGACAUCGAGAAGGUGUUUUCACUCUACGACAGAGACAAUAAUGGCUCAAUCGAGAACGAGGAACUGCGUGGUUUCCUGAAGGAUCUGCUCGAACUGGUGAAGAAGGACUACGAUGCGCAGGAUUUGAUCGAGUUCGAGGAAACGAUCCUGCGGGGCGUUGGUUACGAUAAGGAUGGCAAAAUUUCGCGCAAGGAGCUGACCAUGAUCCUGCUGGCGCUGGCGAAGCUGCCACCGGAUGAGGACCAGUAAUUGAUGGCGUCGGCCGUCUGCAUCGACACUACUAGUAGCAGCCAGCCCUGUAGCAGUAGCGGUAGCAGCAGCCAGGACGCGAUCACCAAGGAUCUCUUUCCGCCCAUCGCCAGCGUGCAGGAUGGCAUCCGGGAUCUGUAUCGUAAGUUUCGGCGGAAGAUUCACAAGAAAGAGUAGAGCAAAGGAGCUAGCAGACACCACCACCACCAACCAGUAUCACAGCACAAAAUGGCGACUGAAUGCUUAGGCUAGGAGGCUUGUAAUGUAGAAGGUUUUACGCUUGUAACAAUAUUGUAACAAACAAACACGAAACACACACACACACACACGGAACCGUACCGAGUACCGAGUCCCUCCAAGCGGAAGUGCAGCAACUGCAGCAGCGAAUCAUAUGGACAGACGGAAACACUUAACACUGAUAACAAACAACAGGGGUUGACUGCUAGCUUACGCUGAACGCACAAUUAGGAGACGCUCGAACAUGCUAGAUAAUGAUGAUCAACAUCCCCGCAUCUCGCGUUCUAAUACACCCAGAAAACAAUGACAUUGAGAGUGUUUCACGAAAAAAAGCAGGAGUGCUAUCCGAUUAUGUGUAUCCUCCUGGACUCGAAAGUUGAGCCUGGGAUUUAUCAAUGUUUCACCCUUCACGUUUGCUUACUUUAGCGCAGCCUGGAUAAUGAGUGAUGCUGUGUCGAGUUGAUGUAAUGGAACCUCGUGACCGUGUGCUGUUCAAUAUCUGUCUGACUGUUUCGUUCUAUGUUUUGAUGGCGAAGAGCGUAUUUAAUUAUCGAAUAGAAGACACACUCUAAGCUUACCUGUACUCCAAUACUGUACGGGAGAUGCGUUGUAACAUUUAAAUUGUGAAGCAGAAGAAAGAAAUUCAAAAACCAAAACCAAGUCAUGUGCGCGUAACGUCAAUAAGCAAAUCUUCGAAAUACGUACAGAUACAGACGAGCAAAGCUAAGAAGCGCUGAAAAGCAGAAAGCAAGACAGUGGACAGGACAUAUAAGAAAUAGAAUGUUUGGUAAUAUCCUGUUUCGACGAGGCAAAAAAUCCAUAACCGGCAGCAUAACGAGCAAACAAAUGGUAUAUGCCAUAAAAUUAAAAUCUCGUCCUCACCCUGCGGCUGGCGGGUGAUGGAGGCAGAUGGUAGGAAAAGAGGAAACGAAUGUUGAAAGGAAAAUGAACGAAAUCCAGUAACAAGGUAUAGGGAUAGAUUGUAGCAUCGGUAAGUGGACGAUGCGCUUGGGAAUCGAGAGGCGUAUCACUAAAGCAUCGCUUUUUUCUGGCCUAAAAUGUGGAAUGAUCCGGACCACACACCGUGGAGACAGCUUCCCGUGAUCGCGCUUUAAAGAGCUUCCGUCUCGGAGAGCUAAGUCCGAAAACAGAAAAAAUAGGAGAGCAGGUUAUCGUUGUUGAGGUAAAUGUGCAUGGCAGGGUAGGUUCCUUUUCGAUGGAAUUUGGGGUGGUAGAGCUAAAAGCUUCCCACUGACACACACAAGAUGGUUUCAAACGAUUCGAGUGAGCAUAAAAUGCGAAGAAAAGAGAGUACCACGGAGUGCCAAAAAUCCACCAAAAAGGAAGCUUGUGCAGUGUUGUUUGUUUCAUAAAACACAUGCAGGUUGUUAUGAUACGUGUUGGAAACCUCCAACCUCCCACUCGUAGACCACGGUGUGGAGCUGUGCCGUUGUAUAACCUCGGAGUUUGUUUCAGCUCCCGGUCCCCCCCCCCGGGGGAUUCGUUUGCCUUCCAGCGAAGCGAAGCAGAACAUGGGAGAGGCGCGUAAAUGUUAAGCGAGCGUAAUGUUAUCGGUGUGCUAUACACUACAUGUUUGUGUAUCUGUUACCUGUUCUACUGACCCCGGUGCUGCGACACGGCGGUCCUUUCAAACUAAAGCUCCGCUAAAACUGAUUUCAUAUCGAAACCCACGAGUUUCACUAUCAAAAGAAACUACUAAUCCACUACUAUUACUACUAUUACUACUACUACUACUGUUACUAUCGAUACUACUACACUGUUACUGCAAACGAAUGCGCUUAUUAAACCCUCUCCAUCGCUAUCUCAUUCUCUCUUUCUCGAUGUAACUUCAAAUACAUCAUUUUAAAGCGAUCGUCGAUUUGCGGUGAGCUGAGUACGGUGGAGGGAGGAAUAAAAUUGGAGUAACAUAUAGGAACGGCCAUGAAACGGUAAACUGACGAUCGAUCGAUUUUCCCCUUGUGCCCGCUACUAUUAGCUUUAAGUGUUGGGUGUGUGCGUGUGUAUCUGUGUAGAGCAGGUCUGGCGAGCGUACUCGCUACCAGACGGGAAAAUGAUGAAAAUGGCCAGACUCCAAAGUUAAGCAUGAUGCGAUGGAACAGAGUAGUGAGUUUGGAUUGGGCAGACAGGAGUGGCUUUCGGUCGCUUCCUGUUCGCCCACAUCCGCCCAGGCCACGAUGUUGUGACGAAUGAAUGUUAACAGAUUGUUGUAUCCAGUGGAUGGAAGUUGUUGAUGGGAAAGCUUUACGUAGACCUUUUUAUCGCUCUAAUUCUCUCGUUCCAAAAAAAAAGGCAAACAAAA